UUCGCCUCGCAUGUGCCCUCCUGCCCCGCCACUGAGAAGCUGAAGACGCUGCGCACGCAGAGCAGAAAAGCGCCCACUCCGAGCCACGGUCAGCCGCCCCAUCGCCGCCAUGGCCCCUGGCUUAUUAUUAUAGAGGGCUCUGUAAUCUCGCGAGACCUUGUGCCUAGCAACGCAAUGUAUACAUGGAUACAGGAAGAGGCAAGAGAAUAAGGCUAGCUCAUACUACAGUGGGACCACAAUGGUGUUAAAUGAAUGAUGCAGGUGGUUUAAUGGAACCUGUUGAGCGUGAACAGUGUGUGUGGAGCCUGAUAAAGGAGUGUGUGCCUGACUCUGAGAUUCCUGAGAUAAGGGCUAUACUUGGGGAUGCACUCAUCGACAUGUACACAGAAAUCUACUCUGAGGUGCAGAUGUGGCAGCAGAUGUGGCAUGAGGUGCAUGAUGGGAAAUCCCAGAUGCCCCAUUCCCCCCUUGCUGACCCUCCAGCUGUUAAAGAGCUGCUGCGUUCUGAGCUCCAGCUGCUGCUACUCAGUCUGAGACAGCAAGCAGCCACAUUGGGCAGAUCUUUGUCCUCUGUGUGUUGCAGAGGUGGAGAUGAAGUCAUGUCCCGGUACAGUCCCAGAGUAGUCAGUUAUGCGCUCUGCACAGAGAGACAGCAAAGUCCAGACAGCAUUGAUCGUCUAACACCAUCUAGCAGGCCUGAGUCCAGCAGGUCAAGUUCAAGGCUCUCGUCUCACUCCAGCAUCAAAGAUGAAAUUGAAGCGCUGCAACAAAAACUGAACAUCACCCAUAUAAAUGAAGUUGUGUCCCAUUUACAAUCGGUUCUUAUCGAGGAAUAUGAAGCGCUGAAAAAUGAUUUACACAUGCUGCAGGAGAGUGUGGAGUUGAUAUAUAUGAAGCCGAGGAGCUUCCAGGAACCCACUCUAAUAGAGCUGAAAAGGGAACGGCGUCUUAUCCAGCAAGACUUGAAUUUGAUGAAGGAAUCCACAGGCACAAAUCUAAAGUCUGCUGUCUCCCAGAUUCCCAGCAGGGAAAUGAAAAUGACUGCUUUGGCAAAUGAUUCAGAGAAAAAGCAGCCGGUCUCACCCGUCUCACUCCGAACAGAUUUUCUUCAACCAAUGCCUCCUCCAGCUUUAUAUAAGAACAGAGCUGCUUCCCUGGGCCAAACCAGGCACAGAAUUCCGCUUAAGGCUACACAGCUUCCACGGUCAUCCCUGGAUCUUCCACAGCUUCACAAACCGGAUUUGGAGAACAACCGUAUCCAACCAGUGGAACAAAUGAGCUCUGCAUGUUCAGCCACUCUACAGAGUUCUUCAAGCGAGUCUAAAAUUGCAUGUGUAGGAUCAGAAACUUGUAGACUUGGCCAUAUCGGAGCUGAAGCUGUCCUAACACCGCUGAUACCAGUCCCACCUGCAGGGCAGAGAGGCAGCAGCAGGGGGCAAAGGAUGGGCAGACACCUUGUACUUCAUCACACAUAAAACCUCCUCAGUGCUACUGGAAUUCUCUAACUCAAUAUUUUCUGGGAUCACAGUGCAUUAUCUGGACUAAGAUCACAGUGCAUUAUCUGGAAGCCAGAUAGAUAUACUAUUUACAUGAUAAACUAUGUUGUAGAGGUUUUAUGAUACAUGUUCACACAUUCCAUACAUGCAAACUCAAUACAUUGAAACAGUUUUAUGUAUUUAUGUAUUGAAAAAAUAAAUACAUUCGUGCAAUCUUUUUCUCCAGACAGAUUUUUAGGCUGAUGGUAUCCUAAGUCUGCAGCCUAGUGACCAAGCGUUGAUGUAUUCAAAGCCGUAAAUGCAACUGUAAACAGCUGUUAUUCCAUAAAAAGAUGCACAAACAGUUGAUCUUUAAAAUAAACUUUAUUUUAUCAUUCGAAAUUGAACCAUUUAAGAUACACAGCUGACGUGACUAAGACAAUGUUUGAUGCAAUUUGGCCCUCAAAUUCCAAAGACAUGGCUAGAUAUGUUUGAUAGAACGUUCUGAGUUUGUUUUUGUACAUGUGCUUUACUCUCCCUCCAUGCUGUUGCACCAGUUUCAGCAGGAUGUGACAGUAGUGGAGAUUUAAAGUAGUUGAGAGGUUAUUCUAUAUAACAUACUCCUAUUAAACAUCAUAAAAGUGAGAUUUGUAAAGUGCUGGAAAGACAGGAAAAUGCCACCUGAUGCAUUCUGUUCGGAAAUAAAAAGGACUAAGCUGAAAGAAAAAAAAAGCACAGCUUUAGUUAUUUUGCUUGUAUUUUAAAUUAUAUAAUGCUAUACUGUCACUGUCCAAAUAAAAUCUAGUGUGCAUUAAUACAUGGCAAACCCCCAAAAAUAUAAACUAUGUUAUAUUUGUAGUGGAACUCAAUAACAGAUAUGUGAGCAGCACAGACAUUCAAACCAGAAGUACAUAUUGUGGUGUGUUACAAUAUCUCUAUUGGAAGACCCCACAGUGCACUGUGAUAUUUCAGUUAAAUCUGCAGCGUAUUAAAAGGACUAAUAAUUGCACAGUGACAGAUUUAGUUGAAACGUCAGUGAACCCUCUGAAACUUUACAGACCAUCUCCGUUCUAAGUAAAUUAUAAUGAAUUGCCUUGUUUUGAGAAUGUUGUUGAAGCUUAUCUGUUAUAGGCAUUUUAUUUUAAACAUGACUUGGAGGAUGGAGAUGGAGAUAAACUUCCUGUAAAGUUCCAGUGUCCACUGACAUUUCAUAGUGGAUGAUCACCUCCUAACCUCCUACUAUGAUUAGUCCUUUUAAUGCAAUGCCAUUUACAAAUUUGGCAUCUGGCAGACGCCCUUAUCCAGUGUGACCUACAUUUAUCUCAUUCACACAACUGAGCAGCUAUGAGGUUAAGGGUCUUGUUUAGGGGCCAAGGAGUUUCAGCUUGGUGUGGUUGGGAUUUAAACUAAAGUCAAAUGCCGUAACCACUAAACUACAAAGUCCCAUUUAAACUGAAAUGUCACAAUCCAAUAGAGAUAGCUAGACUAGAUCCUGUGUAUGUUUUUUUCCCCAGAUGGCUGAUUGGGCAGGUUACUAUCUUGCCAAACCAGAAGCUAUUAUAAUUUAGGCCAGCUGCUGAUAUUGUUCUUCUCUGUAUCAGUACUCCUCUACUAAGAACUCUUCUAUCAAACAUGUCUAUCAACAGAUUUUGGAAUAUAGUUUUAGUUGGACCAGAGUAUGUAGAGUCAUAUUUUCCUAAAGGAGACUACAGCAUGCUUUAGAGAACAUGGUUCAGGCAGAACGUAUUACACUGUGGUGAAAAAAAAAAAAAACUGUUUAAAUCUGUGUUUGUACUGUGCACUGUAAAAGAGGUGAAUAUUCGUUCUUAGUUGAGCACUGUGAAAAUCAUUCCUCGGUGCUUCAAGUUUCAGUCCAGAGUGUUAGUUUGGCAAUAUUUUUUGAUAUCAGCUGGUUUAAGGAGCUUAAGAUAAAAUAAAACGGUGUCACUGCAUAUAGAAAAAAAAAAUGGUACAACUUUAGGAUAACACACAGUUUUAGUACUAUAAAAAUAAACCAAAAGCGACUCUCUUAAAAAGGUAAACUCUUUCUGUUAAACGACCACAUGGCUAGUUACAUACGCAUUUCAAAUGACAUCAAUACUGAUAUUAUUCUGCACUAGGUAAAGACUGUGCCGAGUACACAGAAACGACGGCUAACAAAAAGAAAAACAAAUUUAAAAAACCUAUAAUAUGUUCCCCAAUUACAAAGAAAAAAAAUGCACAUGCACACAAGUCCGCUUCUUUAAUUAUGUUUGAAAGCACUGAAAUACAAAACAGUACAGGACCAGAGUGCACUUGCAUCAGACCAAGUCUCGUCAUCGCUAGCAUAGACAAGAAUUAACCGAAUUCUACACACUAAUAAAAUAUUCAUUUCAGAGGAAGAGGUUCAGAACAUCAAGUUAAAUGCUAAAACAGACCCAGUUUGUGGGCUACGAUUCACCGUGUGAACAGGUCCGUCAUGCAUCAACACCGUGCAGAAAUGAUUACUCGAAGGAAAUUCAUAUACUUCUUCGUAUAUUUUUGUGUAUCGUGAUCAUUGUUAAACAAUUUUUAUACAUCGCUUCGUGCUCUUUCUACUAUUUCAGGAUAGCUACCGAUCAUGCAAAGGCUAGUUUCAGCCUCACAGACUGAUGCCACUUCAGAAUCAUUUGCUUUUGCAGGCUGACUGGUCCCACAAUCCUGUUCACUGCUUUUUAGAUCGAAACACAGUGGUUCAAAGCAAAAUAUAGACACGCCAAUUCUUUUAAAGUUAGUUAAAAAUUCAGACAAUGUCGGAUCAACAUGCUCAGCCAUUUACAUCGUCAUUUUAACGCCUUUUGACAAAAAAUAGUACCUGACUGUUCCUAUCAUUGGGAUAUUCUGAUUUAAAACUGGACUUUCAUAGAACAUAAAAAUGCAUAGAAGUGCUAGCACUGCCAACCUCUAAGCAGGAUGUCAGGUAAGAGCUGCACAGGUUUUAGAGGAAUAUCUGUUUAUGGGGGGAGAGUGGAAAAAAUGGCAGGGAGUUGAAAUCUAAAAAUUGUCCAAGCUGACAGAAAACUUACAAGUUGUCUACAAGAGGACAUUAAUCUCCUUUGUAAUAAAUAAAUCUCAUGUCCUGGUCAGAAUUGUGAAUUUCCUAUAUAUGACUUGAUGCUUAUUACUAAUACUGAAGCAGGGGCAGGCUUCUAAACUGUGCAGGACACCGACAUGGCAUCAUGGCACCAUUUUAAUUAUUGCAAAACAUCAAUUAUUGCAGUAUGAGUACAUGCUUUUUUUAAAUUGUAAAGUCAAGUAAUGUAAAACCAUUGCACUGACCAGGUUUAUGCUUGUGCCUAUUAUUUCCUUAAAUGACUCGCAUUAAAGGAUUGCACUGUGCUGUGCCCAACUGAGCGUCCGAUACCUCUCACCUCCCUACUUCUUUUUUUUUUCCUAUAAUUUCCUAUUGCUGUUUGUUAGUUUGUACAUUAUUUCUACACGUUCUGUGGGACAAGAGUAUAAUCUUAUCAUUUUUCAAUCAAGAGGUUAUUCAAACAAAAAAGAGAACUACAGACAAAAUAAAAAGGACUUGUACAGCAAAUAUGACACAGUGAUAUAUUGUUAAAAGAUAAAAAAAAAAAUAAAAAACAGAAAUACAACCCAGGAGUUUGUUCCAUUGCAUCAUGAAAUGCACUUAUAGCAGCUACAUUGCUAGACCACUGCCUUCCUCUGGCACUGUCUGGCAAUAUCUCUAACAUACUGUAUACAAGUGUCCAAUACACUGUGACACUAGACUAGACAGGCCUUGGUGACUUUGUGUAUCUGGAAUAUCUGUAAACUGACAAUUCCAGUAAAGAGCUCACAGCAAGACCCCCCUCCACCCCAAAAAACUUAUCUGAAAAGAAAAGAAAAAAAAACUGAAAAUAAGUUUACAAUUGAGGAAUGGUAAACGUUUACAGGUUAUCACACAUAAUCCUCUUGUAUCUUUACGAAAUAAACGCACAAUGAUUUAGUACCAUGAUAUACAAUAAAGGUCAGUCAGUAAAGCUCUAUUCUAUGUAUUACAAAUGCUAUGCAAUUCAGUGAGGUCAGUAAAAAGGACUGAUUUCUUUUCCAUAAUCAGAGUCCAUCAUAUCUCCAGCAUUAAAUCUCUGUCUCCACCUUACCACUUCUCCUUCUCUAUCAGUGUGGUGAGGACAGAUGAUCCUAAACACAAAUAUAUAAACAAAAAGACACACAAACACUUGCACUCCAGCAGUGCCCUCAGGAAAUAGGAGGUUUGUGCAUAUCACAAUUUCUUUUUUUUGCCUUGUGUGUGUACACUACAGUACUGAGUCUAUGGCAGCUCCUCUCAAGCCUUUUUUUCUCAAUGAUCCGCUCACUCACCACGUAUUUCUAUUCAGAAUGGAACACUAGUCAAAACCAAUGAGAUGUCUCUUAAGUUUAAAAUGUUAGCAUGAUUACAAACACUUUAUAGAGGGAAAAAAAUUAUAGGAAAUUGUGCACAACCCUGAGAAUGGGUUUGGGAACUUAAUGUGCUUAGAUCGAGGGAUUUUCCAUUAGUAGCUGUUCUAAAAGCUGAAGGCAAAAUAUCCUUUGUGCUUUGUCUCAUGCAUCUCUUUAGCCCAAGUGUAAAAAGUGUUGGUUCUGUAAAAAAAAAAAAAAAAAAAAAAGAAAAUAGAAGAACCACUGAUAAAAUACUACAAGCAAACAUGGGGCAGUGGGUAACAUAAAGAGAAAUCCCAAUCUAAAGAUUGAACACGGCUGCGUUUCGAUAAUAGAUGGUGUCUAUAAUCACUACAGUCAAAGAACAUUUGGUCUUCAGCUUUUAACCCAACCAGCACUGUCACCACUGUACACACAACAAGCCGAAACCUACAGCUGCAGCAACAGUAGUCACAUUUCCAGAUAAAUUUUUACAUGGAAGGAGAAAGAAAACCAAUAUAAUCCCACGCUGCACUAUAUAUACACACGAUCAAGAUGCAUAAAAGACUUCCUGUGUAUGCAUAUGAACACAUUUUUGUACUUACAAAAACAGCAUUAUUAAAUUAAAAAGAACCCAAAAAAAAAAAAAAA